GGAUGGUUUGUUUUUAUUUUUAUAAGUGUGAUGUCAUGCAGUUGAGAGGUACACGGAAUCGUAUUAACAAAACGUAAUUAUGAAUAGCGACGCGAGUGUUUUAAUUAGAAUUUAAUUAAAAGUGAAUCUCAACCAAAUUCCCUGGAUAAAAUUGGAUUCGCUGUAAGUUCAACGGUGUUACUUCUGAAACUUCAAGGAGCUGUCAUUUCUUAAGCUCCGAAGUAAAUACUCAUUAAGCUGAUCCGAAGUAAAAUCAUCAGGCGACAAUUCAAAAUGCGUGAUGAAGAAAGUGUUCUGGAAAAUCAGAUGGCGUCAGUUCAUGGAGCAGUUGUUGAUCCAAGUCAAAUUCCAGUGGCUGAUCGCGCGAAGUUUCACCAAAUCACCGCUGUUAAGCAAUCAUCGCCAAUUUUCAAGCUGACCGUCGACUGUUGUGACGAAAUAUUCGAGUAUUUAUCUCUUAAGGAUCUGCAUUCAUUCGGCCAUACAUGCAGAGCGAUGCAAAAAGUGGCCGGUGAAUAUUUCAAACAGAACUAUUCCACCGUCGAAAAUAUCACCGAAGAAUAUGCUAUUUACACGAUAUGUGAUGAAAAGGGUAACCGAAAAAAGCUGGAAGAGCGUAUAGAAACUUCAGGAUUCAAUCAGUUCAUCGCGUCCAUUUCGAAUUAUUAUAUUUUCAGUACAUAUUUGCUUCAUUAUAUUCAUGCAAACAUCGACGAAUUUCCGUUAAUCAAUCACAUCACACUCGUUGGUUUCAACUUUUCGGACGAUAGAGUUGAAUCCAUUCAGAACCUGUUGAGCAAAGUUGAGUGUGUAGAAAUACGAGAUUGUCAUGUGAAUGGUGAUUUCUAUGAAUUAUUUUUGAAAUAUUGUGUAAACGUAAAGCAACUGUAUGUACAAGAAUGUGAUGUUGGAUUCUAUGAUAGCGAAGAUGAGGAUGCGUUCGAGGAAAAUCGAUGGCUAGUCCACCAGUAUCCAAAACUUGAGCACUUUGAAUUGAGACCGGGUGAUAUAGUGGAAGAACGACCAGAAAUCUUUCGAUUUUUUCAGCUCAACCCAAAUAUUCGCACUUUUUCCACAACAGCCGACUGUGUAUGGGCUAAUCGAAAUGAACUCCUUCGAUCCAAUGCCAAAUUGGACAUUUUUGAAGUGAAAAUUUUUACACCCGCAAUGUACUUUAACCUUGACUUCAGCACCGAACAACUGGUACAAUCCAUUCGCAAUUUAUUCUAUCAACUGUAUGAACGUGGAUUUUAUAAGCGUCUAUUUCUUUAUUUGCCAAAAGUUGAUCAACCGAUUUGUGAUCUCUUGGAGUCGAUGCAACACCUGGAUAAAUUAUGUAUUAGAGAAUAUGGGCAAAUUUGUGGUUUGCCUGCACUGACAAAUUUAAAGGAGUUGGCCAUUUUGGAAGGAGCCAAAGCGACUGAUAUGGACAUUUUGGCAAACAGCUACACCAAUCUUCAACGGAUUUACAUAGAAAAUGCAAGCAUCGAUGAUGUUAUGCCAUUCAUUUGUCGUUCACCCAAAUUGAACAAAGUCAAAGUUAUUCCCAAGGAUGGAGAUCAUUUCAACGAAGGAAUUUUACCGUUGGUGAAGCUAAAUCGAGAACGCGAAAAAUUAGAUGGAGCACGAAAAGUCACGAUAUAUGUUCCAGACAACAUUUUCCUGAAAACAAAAUGGGCAACCAGAAACGGAGACAUAAACUUAAGGUUGAUCGAAAUGAAACGAGCUCAUUCGUAUGAAUGGAAUCAUCACUUUUCAUGAAGAGAAAUUUUCUUCUUCUUUUUUUGUUACCAAUAAAAUACCAUACAAAAUUUGAAUUUGCAUAAAAGCAGAAAAAAAGAUAGGAAGAGAUAGUUCGUUGAUUAGAAUAAUUUGAACAGUCCAUUUCUUUGCUGUAACUUUUUUACUUUUCAAUAAAAUUUCAUCACUUGUUUAACGAUGACACCGCCUAAAUAAAGAAUUAAAUACAAUCAAAAGAAAUGAACGAAAGUCCAAAGUGAACCGGAUCAAAUUGUUUGUCGAUUGUGCAAAUUGAGUAGUGAUUCUGCGGUAUUUUCUGAUAAAAAAAGUGUAUUUGCAUCAAGAGUUAAUAGUUUUAUUUCUUUAAAUGGAAAAUCUGAAUAAUUUUUGCGAAUAGAAUCUUACGAGUUUGCCUUAAAAAUGUUCAAUAGCUAACAAAUCAAUUCUACUUUGAGAUUUACCGUCAAAUUUGGGUGUUGUUCGUAGUAAAAGCCGGUCGAAAAGAGCUAUUGUUGUGCCCAAAUAUGACGACCGUGUUGAGGUUAACAAUUCAUCGACGUCUCCAAUUUUCAAUCCCACCGUUGAUUGUUUUGACGAAAUUUUCGACUAUUUAACCAUGAAAGAUUUGUAUGUUCAUUCGGUCAAACAUGCAGGAGAAUGCAGCAGAUUGCCGGUCAAUACUUCAAGUCAAACUAUUCAAACGCAACGACAUACAGUUCGGUUUAUAAAAUUCGUACGAUCCGUUGGCAUGAUAAUGGUUGGGUACAGGGUCAAGAUGAUACGACUUGUUUCAUGAAAUUCAUUACUUAUUUGGUGAUGGGAUCAAUGGAAGAAGUCAUCUCAAUCUACACCGAUAUAACGCGGCCUCUUCCGUACAUCCAGCUUCGUUUAUCGGAGCUCAUGUCACUCAAUCUCAUUAGCUUCAUUGGUUUCCAUUUGACCAAAGACGGUACACGAUCAUAUUUGGUGGUAUGGUGAAAUGAAACGCGAAUACUCGUGGCUACAACAACAUGUGAUCAACAGACAUGUGAUCAAUCGAAUUGUUUGCAGAACCUUGAAAGUCUGAACAUUCGAGUGUUAAAUGAAAUCCAUAGUCUAUCUCAGCUGACGAAUUUAAAGGAAUAAAUCAUUCUAGAUAUUGGCGAUGAAACGGAUACAGAAGCGUUGGCUAACACUCUAACAGGUCUUGAACGACUGACCAUUUUCAAUGUGACCAUCGAAAUGAUUCUACCAUUUAUUCGACGAUCAGCGAAACUGAACCAAAUCAGAAUAGCACUUAAGUACGAAUGGCUCGAACGGGAACAUUUCAAACUCCGAUCGUUGUAUAAAGAAAGAGGACAAUUGUUGGGUGCACGGAAACAGACUAUCUACGUUCCAAAGGGCAUAUUCUUAACCAUGAAAUGGGCAACCGAAAAUGGAGAUUAAAAUUUAAGCUUCAUUGAAAUCCGACGAUCGAACUCGCAUUUUUUGGACGUUGAUUUUUUCAUGCACGUGCCCUCGAAAAAAUUGCAAAAAGCACCGAGUAUUCCUGGAGUGAUUCGAGGCCUCAAACACUUGCUGCGCUUGCGGCGGUUGCAGACAGCGCCGAAUGGUGAGAAACUAAAACACACCAAUCACCAAUAUUGAUGUUCACCAUCAUCAAAUGGUUCAUGCUAAAUUUUAUCCACUUUAGACACUCAUAUAUAUUAUUCUUGAUUAAUUGUAUUUUUUUCUUCUACGGAAUAUAAUAGGCAAGAAUAUUUAUUCCCAAAUUUUCUUUGUAUUUUGUGUUCAACUCAAACAGUAUUCGUAUUCAAUUUGCACUUGUUCACAAAUAUAAGCCAUUUCCGAACCGCAAGUGGCAUCAUUCCAUUGCAAACCAUCACGGCCAGCCAUUUUGUAAAUUAUAUUGAUGCAACUCUCAUAUGUAUCGCCCCAUUUAGUAUUAUCGGGUUGACCUUGGGCCCAAUUAGUGCCCAAAACACUACAUGUUUACCCGUUCCCAUCCAGUAGUAAGUUUGGUCGUUGCCUAAUUUUGUGCCUGAUAUCCAAAAAUCUUUGUCAUCGUGCCCUAUGGAAAAGACAAACACAAAUUCCAACGUUCUUUUGCAUGUGAAUAUUUUCAAAGUGUCAAUAAACUGCUGAAAUCUUUGCAAAGGGUUAGACACAAAUUCAUACUCAACAAACACUCAGAGAUACUAGAAUCUACUCGGUGCUACUCGGUGCCAUUUGGUUCAGUGUAAUGUGUAGUAUACACAGAGAACUGUCAAAGUCAUUUGAGUGUUUUGAGUAGUUUCGAGUUUACAUUGAAAAUGCAUAGAUAUACUCGGAACUACUCGGUGCAAAAUGAGACAAAUUCGUCAAAACUUGUACGUUAGAAAACUGUGUCUACCCCCUUGAAUCUUUGUCAUAUUUGAGCCCUGAGUUACCUUCGUCUUCAAUUUGCUUUACAAUUCGAUUCCGUUCCUCUUGUGAUGAAAUGCUGAUCAAAUGCAUGUCCAGGGUGCGACAAUGCUCAAACGCUUUAUACCAAUUUGUCUAGAAUUAUGAAAUAAAAUUAAUAAAUAAAAAAAUACGGAAUCCGAAUUGAACGGAUAUUUUGAUCGGUUUUAGAAUGCUUCAUAAUGUCCCCGAUGAAGUUCUAAACCAUUUUAUCAUAAGGAUGUACGGCAAUAAGUUUUAGAAUUUUAUGUGGCGAUAGCACAGAGAUCUUAGUGAACUAUAGUAUCAUCAUAGCUAUGAUUUCUGAAUACAAAAGUUCAAUAAACGAAUGCUUCAUUUACUAAAUAGAA